GUGAACUGAGAGCAACACAGCACUGCAGGGGUUAUUUACGGGACCUGGCAAAGACUUCCUCCUCCACCGAACAAGAUGAGUAAAGGCACCGCUGCUGUUAAUGGCGCUGCCCUCGUCAACGGUGGCUACGCUCACGUUAAUCACGUGAGCCACAGAUCACAGAACGGAGACUGCAAGGGCAGACCGAGGUCAGGACAAGUCCGACCACUCAGCCAGGUGCCCGGGGAGCGCUCUCUGCUAACAGUCCCCGCCUCCGGUGUGACCCCCGGGUCUCACCAGCGCCGGUGGUCAGCUGACUUCAGCAAGUGCUCGACCGCCGUCAUUGCUGUGAGGAAGAACAAGAAGGAGCCGCGGCCUCCUCAACGACGAGCAUCUCUCCUCAGCCUUCACUCGGCAACUGAUGCUUCAUCCAAACGCUACUCCUGCCCCCACAUCGGGGUCUUUAGCUCACCAAGUCAGUCCUCAUCUUCCUCCUCCUCUUCCUCCAUCAGCUCAUCCUGCUCCUCUCCUCCUCCCGUGCAGACGUCCUUCAUCACGGGCCGCGACCCUCUGGGCUGGAAGGUGCAGCCAAAGUCCAGCUUCACAUCCCCGCGGGAUCGCACUAAAAGGCUUUCUCUGCAGAUUCCCCUCCCCGUCGUCUUUCCUGACCCCAAACUUAGUCCUGCCCCGACUUCUCAACCAGACAGCCCUCCUGAUGAAGACCCCUCCUCUAGAACCAAACCCCUGCUCAGGCCCAAACCGACCCGCCGGCACCACUCGGACUCCUCAGCCUUCGUCAAAUCUCUCCCGGCCCCUCUGCCUGCGGUGACGCUUGAUGAUCUGUGCGCCGUGCACCUCCGCCCGGUCGCCCACUCGAACGAGUCCGACGACGUCUUCAGCGAGGCGGAUGAAGAGGAGGUGAAGGCGACGGCUCAGCCGCGCAAAACACCACCGCCUGUUCCGCGGAAAUCCUCCAUGGCCAGACAAAUUGCGCAACUGAUUGCUCUUUCGUGGCAACGCUACACGCCCAAACCUAAACGCCCCAAUCAGACUGUGAACGGCGGCGGCCUGCAUCCUGCAAAAACAGAUCUCCGUGUUGGCGCAGAGCUGCGUCUGGACGCCGGCUGCGAGAGGCAGAGCGCCACUCCGCGCUUCCCGGGCAGAGAAAUCUGAGAUCUUCAUCCUUCAACACCUUCUCCUACCAGGCGGUGUGAAAUCCCUCACAGAUGGUACAUGUAGAUGAGGAUGGAACACUAUAGGCAUUUCAUUUUUUUGUUUUGUUUUGUUUGUUUGUUUUAAAUCAAGGUACUGAAAUUUCUGCAAACGCCGGUUUUCUGUAUUGAGUAGCUUUUUCUUUAACCGCUUUACCGACUUCAGUCCUGUUGGAUCUCGGCUGUAAACAUCUCGCCGACUCCUCUCUGUUGUGGAAAUGUGACUUUGCUCUUUCCUCUUCCUCUGCUCUGAGGGGGCGUGGCCUCGUGUAGGAAGAAACAAACCCCGGCAGUUGUUGCAUGUGUUUCCUGCUGACUGUUGAUAAAGCUCAUUAAUCACUAAGUUUCCCUUGAAGUUACUGUUGUAUAUCUGCCUGUACAGUCUAUGAAAUGUGCCUCAUGUGUUUCCUUGACAGUAUGUUACUUGAAUUAAAAAUAUAAAUAAUAUGUAUAAUAUAAUAAAGUUGAACUUAUGCAGCAACACUGAUAUUAGUUGAUAAGUUAAUUACUGGAGUAGUUGAAGUGCAGUUUCCUGUCAUUACAUGAAUCUUUGUUUUUCAUUGUUGGUUGAAUAAAUCGUCAACAGUUAAACUCAUGGUUGAAUAUAUUCAUUUUGGUCAAAUAUGAAUGGUGUUUGUCAUUAUUUCAUUAUUUUUUUUAUAUUUUAUAGACGAUUAAAUAGAUGAUCACGGCCCUAAAAUUACUGGAGCCAUGUCAGUGCUGGAUUAUGAUUCAUUUUUAAUAUAUUCUGUGUAAGAUUCAAACUCUUUUGUUUGUUUUUAUCAGUGAUUCCUACAGUGUGUGACGUCUCCGACACUCUGCCUGCAGAUGAAUUUCUGCUGCUUUGCUCCAGUUCAGGUUUGGCGGGUCCUUUACGAGAC